UUGUUCUAAAUUAUUCCCAAAACUGGCCAAUCAGCGCACGUGUAAGUUUAUCUCCCUUGAAGACUUUGUCCAUAACAAAACAGACAAAAGGAAGUCUACUGUGUUCUUCGAGAAACCUGCUAAUGGUUUCUGCAUAACAAGACAAGAAAGCAACCAAUAUAACUCCUUAAGGGUGAAUGGCGAGCCAUGGCGUCUCACCGAAGAUUCCAGAUUCCAAAUCAUUCAAACGAAGCCUUGCAAAUGAUGAACGAACUUCGGAAAAAGCGCGAACUUUGCGACGUCCUGCUGCAUGUCGGGGGUCGCGAAUUUCGAGGCCAUCGUAUUGUGCUGGCCGGAGCGAGCUCGUAUCUUCGAGCAAUGUUCACUAAUGGCAUGCUAGAAAGUGGUAUGCGAGAUAUUAAGCUUCAAGGAAUCGAUCCCGCAGUCAUGGAAAUCUUACUUGACUUUGUUUACACUGGGAUUGUGGAUAUAUCUGUUGAAAACGUGCAGGCUUUGCUGUCUGGCGCGACACUGUUGAAUCUACAAACUUUGAGUCAAGCAUGCUGUAGUUUCCUUCAAACUCAUUUAGACGCUUCAAACUGCCUUGGUAUUCGCGCCUUCGCGGAUCUGUAUUCCUGUACAGAGCUAGAGAAUGCUGCUUUUAAGUAUAUCUGCCAGCAUUUUCUUGAUGUUAUAAAAUGCGACGAAUUUCUACAGCUACCGUAUCGCGAUUUGAAAAGCCUUUUGGAAAGUGACCUCAUUCAAGUUCGUACCGAGGAUCAAGUUUUUGAAGCCAUGGAAUCUUGGGUGUAUCACGAUUUUAAACAAAGAAAAGACUGUUGCUCAGAUCUCUUGGCCCGCAUAAGACUCCCUCUCUUAUCUCUUGAAUUUCUUGAGGAGAGAGUAUUUCCUUCUAAGCUUAUUAAAUCCAGUACUGACUGCCAACUCCUGUUGGCACGUGUUCUUAACGAGACCUCACGCAAUCUUCCACCAUACAUGACAACUCAACGUGCCCAGCCUCUCUCGAUUUACGUCAUAGGCGGGCGUAAUGCAUUAGACUGCCAAUUAGCCACUUUGGAGAGAUAUGACGUCCUUGCAGACGAAUGGGUAUCGAUGGAAAACAUGAAACAUGCUCGUACAGCUGUUGGUGCUUGCAGCCUAAAUGGUCUAUUGUAUGUUGUCGGCGGUGAAUGUGCAGUUAACUCGCCGCAUGACGACACUAUGUAUGUGCGGUAUAUGGAGUGCUAUGACCCUAUUGUUAGACAAUGGAUACUCUUGGCAGAUAUUGCAAUCCAGAGGUCAUUUGUGUCGGUUGUGGCAGCAAAUGGUUAUUUGUAUGCUGUUGGUGGUGAAGACAGAACUUGUAGUUAUAAUUAUGUGGAGAGGUAUGACCCUAAGAGUAACCACUGGAUCACCGUUCAGUCCAUGAGGCGGAAAAGAUCAGGCGCUGGAGUUGCUGUAUGUGAUGGAAAGAUCUAUGUAGCAGGCGGGUACGAUCGCGGCGUGCAUAGCGACCGAGCCAGCGUCGAGUGCUACGACCCCGAGAAUGAUUCUUGGUCGUUCGUGACUGAGCUCGAGAAAGCUCGGUCGGGUCUCGUGCUUGCCGAGUACAAUGGGUGCUUGUAUGCAUUUGGCGGUCGGAACCGAAGUACUGACCAUUACUUUGACCUUGUGGAAAAAUACAACCCUCAAACACAUCAGUGGACCCCCGUGGCCCCUAUGCUGACCCCGCGAGCCUGGCCCUCCGCCGCAGUGCAUGACGGGAAGAUCUAUCUGCUCGGCGGUUUCGAUGGCGCAAGCCGCCUGGCGAGUGCGGAGGUCUACGACCCUGAGCUGGACACGUGGAGUUACAUACGGGAUAUGCACGUGUCACGUGCCGGAUGCGGCGCCGCUGUUUUGUAAUGUCACUUCCGUUUGAACAGGAAGAUACAAAGCUUGUUUUUUAGACUAUAAGAAGAUUUCCUAUGACGCAACGUCCGGUGAAGGCGGUGAAGGCGCAAGUUCGUACCCGUGCUGUAGCAACUCGGGAAUCUCCCAGGAUUUUAUUUUUUUUUUUCUAGAAUAUUGAGUCACAAUGAAAAUAAUUCACGGACGUGCACAGAUUUCCUUUGAGUUAAACUGGAAUUGAAAGCUUUUGUGUAAAGAGGAAAAGUUUUCCGCCAUCUAUUUGUUUAAUUUUUAUGGUUUUAAAGCAAGUUAAGAAUGAAAGUGUGUUAUCUUUAUUUAAAAGCUGUAUAUAUUUGUAAAAUCUGUAUAUAAAUAUGAAUCGUGUUUUUGA